AUGUCUCCUCCCGCAGCUGCUUCUUCGUCCUUCUCCCACGCGGUCAGCCUUGCCCACUACGAGACCAAGAACUCGUUCGAGCUCAUGGUCAUGGCGAAGCUGCGUUGUGUUUCUGACGCGGGUGAGAAUCAGGAGAUUAUCGCGCGGCUGAUGGCGCAGGAUAGGGAGAAUGGGACUUGGCCUGGGAAGCACGAGGAGGCUGCGACGAAGACCGCUGGAGCGGCUGAGAAGAUGAAUGGGGAACAGAGGGUUGUGGUGCCGGUGAAGGGGGUCUUGGGUAAAAAAGAGAGGACUGAUGGGACUGGAGUUGGGGGUGCGGGAAGGCCGGAUCACGUGCCUGUUGCGAUUGUCUCCGGAGAUAGACGCGCGAGGACUGCGACUGCGGGCACCACUGCGACUAGCACGAGGAGCAGAAGCCCGAUAAUCCCCCUGUCGCAAUUGGCACAAGAAUGGGAUCAGGAUUGGGGUGCACCUUUCGCUUUUCCCCUCGCCGCUACCACCAGCUCAAAAUCCCAGGCCAAACCCCAAGCCAAACCCACGACUCCAUCCGAGUCCGUCUCCAGUGGCUCAAAGUCACCCGCCACACCCACCUCUCCCACCUCCCCCGUCUCGCAAGCCUCUCGCGUAUCUCUGGCAACUCCUGCCUCGUCCCCUCCACCCAUCCCGGCUUCAUUGAAGUCGAAUCCGUAUAACCUUCUCAUGAGCGAUGAGCAGGACGAUGAAGAAAAAGAGGACGAUGAAGAAGAAGAAGAAGAAGAGAGCGAGAACGAGGGGCUCAUCAUCCCCCUGAAAAUGUAUACGGGGAAGGCCAGGGCUGCCGCCGAGUCUACAAGGGCUGAGGUCACGUAUGCGGCAACGUUCAGUAAGGAUACUGCCACCGCUCCUACGGAACGACCUAAGAACCUCCCGGCUCCCGAUUCGUUGGCCAGUUCCGAGCCGUCUGCUGAGGUUAUGUCGGUGCCGGGGGGAGGUGUGGUUCCCGAGUCUCCUGUUGUUGUGAGGGACUUUGGUGCUAUGGUCUCGUCCUCGCGGUCACACUCAGCCGAAGAGGCAGCCCACAAGUCCGACAUAGCCGCCUUCUACAACAUGCCCCCCCUCUCGCCCGUUCAACCAGCGGUAUCAAGGAAGAACACUGGCGUCCAGAUUUUCGCGAGUGCGCCUCCAUCGCCACCAUCAUCACCACCGCUACCACAGCAUACUCACACCGUCCCAUCCUCUCCCGCGCCCACCAAAUCGGCUCCCCAGCGGCGCAACGAGCAGCGCAAACAAGAUCAAGUUAUCGCAUCGUCAAAUAGGUAUGACGCACUGGUCGGCGACGACAUCGCUGACCCUGACGACACCGCUUCUGCCUCCGUUGACACCGAUGACGAUGAUGAGCAUGAGAGCGACGUUGAGACCAGUGCCGUUCCAAAGCCCAAGACAAAAAAGAACAGGAGGCGCGGAAAGAAGGGUGGGAAGAAGGUGCAGGCCAUGAAGCAGAAGGUGGAACAGGCUGUGGAGGCUCCUGUUGUUGUCCAGCAGACCCAGACGGUGGCGAACUCGAAGCCGAAACCGAUGAAAAUGAAAAUGAAAAUGGAGAUGGAGAGGUCGCAGGCGCUGGGUGUCGUGGCGAUCGUUAUGGUUCUUGUUGCGCUUUUGGGAGCUCGCGUUCUAGGUUAG